AUGGAGCUCACCAACCACCCAUAUCAAGAAGAAUUUGUCGUUGAUGAAGGGGAUCACUCGCCAGACGUCAUAAUACCAAGGUUGCCAAGGAAGUCGAGCCUUACGAGCAACUUCUCCUAUCCUAUACUGGAUGAGUAUGAACACCUACGUCGCCAUGAGUCAGAAAAUAGACGAUCAUCACUGACGUCGAAUGGCUCCAUGCCGGGAAUGACGGACUCAUCCGAUUCAGAGACUUCAUCCGACGAGGAUUAUAACACAUCAGCUAGUGAGCUCUGGGAUAGCUUUUGGCUCGAUAAUGUAGCUGGUCUUGGAGAACAAAAUCCCGUACUUUUACGAGCGUCACAGACGCCGCAUUUUCUACCUAUAGGGUUUUCGAAAAGCGCAUCUAAUGAGACGGAUGAUACAAUCACUGUAUCAAAGCCAGAGUCAUCCUCCCAGAAGGCUACAGGUUCAUGCGAGACUUCUACAGCUCAGACAUCGCCUCCGCGCCCAGUGACGAGAAAUGGCACGCCUACGUAUUCCAUCUAUCCUAAGCAGGAGCCGAAUAAUAUGUUGCGAUAUCCACUCCCUCCACGAACUUCAUCGCUGGUUCCAGCUCCUCUUUCACCUCCUCGGCGGCAAUUUCUAAAACCAGCCAAGUCGAUUGUGAACCUCAAGUCUAGCAAAUCGCAUCAUAACCUUCAGCCUAAUCACACAAUUCCUCCUAUAUCUAGGAUGCCAAUGGCACCUGUGUCAGCAAAUUCUGUUCCUGCAUCACCAGCUUACCCCCCACCUCCACCUCCAAGGGCUCUGCGUCCGACGUCUUCAGCUUUCAACCUCCGCGAUAAGAGCGGCUUGUUCAACCGCACGCAGCACAACGCUGCGAUGCCCUUAUCGCCUCUCAGCUCACCAGCAAUGACGCCAACGCCUGAAUUUCAAUCCACUUCACGGCCAGAAGUUGAGCCUUACAUUUCAGUGUUUGAGUUUGAUUCAGAUCACGAGUCGUACAUGGAGAGCAACAGUUUUACUAAGCGCAUUGCCCGUGGGUUCCACAAGAAGAGUACAAGCGAGAAGCGUAGUAUUGGGCGACGCGGGAGCGAAGACUCGGAAGCCCACGGCUCAGACAAGGAGAAGCGCAAACGUGGAGGUAGCUUAGGUCGCAUUUUAGGACUAAAAGGUCGCUGA